GAAACGACGUCGUCGUUCCCUCCCACCUUAUCCGAAACAUCUCUCUCCUUCCUCUCGAUUAGCCAUGGCGUCUCUGCAUCGUCUCUCGUCUUCUCGCCGCUAAUACUCUCUCUCUCUCUCCGAGCAAAACUGCAUCGCCGAUGGCGUCUCUUAUCUCCCACCUCACGAGCGCCACCCUCCCAAACCGCAAUCGCCUUCCCGGCGACGAUCUUCUCGUGGCGAUCGCCGCGGCUCCGAUCGCCUUCCCCUCCAGCUCGCGCUGGCGCUUCACUUCAAAUCAUCCGGUCAAUCUCAUCGCCUCCGCUGCGAACCGGUCCAGGCCUCGCGUUUGCAAUCCUAAAAGCAGCGGAGACGACGAAGCUUCCGUCCAAGAGCUCCGGAUCCCCGACCAUUGGUUGCCUCCUCCCAAGGCUCGGGAGGAAUCUGAGUGGCUCAGGGUUUCUCUGCAUAAAUGGCUGGAUGACGAGUACUGCCCGGAGGAGACUAAUGUCGAGAUCAGCAAGGUCGCCGCAAGCGCCUACUACGGUUCCUUGCUGGAGAAGCAAACCGACCUGGGCGAAAUCCUGUUGAACAUGGCUAGAGAAUUGGAGUCCAUCUCCUAUCAGGAUAGCUUUCAUGGGGCAUUCUCGUCGGCGAACGCAGCGAUUGAUUUGAUAUGUCGGCGGAUAGAGCAGUCAUAGCGGUGCGCACUCUCAUUGCUUCAAGCAACGCUAGACUCUUCAUCACCGUAAAGCCUCCAUCCACCACCAGAUUAUGCCCAUUGACAUACUUUGCAUCAUCUGAUGCGAGGUAGAGUGCAGCAUUGGCAAUGUCGCUAGUUUCACAAUUAUCCCCCACCAAAGCACCAGCAUCAUGUAAGAUCUUCUCAAUUCGUGAAUCUUCUACACCACGAUAGAUUUGCCUCAUUUCAUCCAUCACAAAUGGGGUUGGGAUGGCGAAAGGCGAUAUGCUGUUGACUCUGAUGCCAUGCCUACAAAUACAGGUGAAAAGGAACCAAUUCACCGGGUAGAGCAAACUGGACGAAACUAGAUGAAAACAAGAAACUAAGAGCAGAACCUAUUAAGUGAAGAAUGUUUCAAACUCGUCCUAAGAGACAAAUAUCAGAAGUUGUGUUUUAUUUCAAACAAUAAAAUAGCAUUUUACGGGAAACCCAUGUGAUCAAGAGCCAAAAGUAUCUAGAUGUCUUUUUGGACCCAAACCAACCCCAUCCAAGACUAUCCUUACCUGCAUAACUCGGCAGCAGCUGACCUCACUAUCCCUAUAACUGUGGACUUCGAGAUGGAGUACGUGUGCUGUGCAGUUCCUCCAACCAAUCCUGUGAUGCUGGCGGUACAGAGGAUUGAGCCAGUCCUGCGAGGGAUCAUCACCCGUGCCCCAUGCUUUAUUCCGGCGACGACGCCUCGUACAUUGAUGCUCAUCACCCGAUCAAACACAUCAAGGUCAAGGUCAGUGAUGCUCGGUGGAGUGCGGCAGGCAACCCCAGCAUUGUUGUACAUGAUGUCGAGUUGAUUGAAUCGGGAAACAGUAAAAUUGACGGCAUUUGAGAUGUCUGAUUCUUUGGUUACAUCACACGGGAUGAAGAUGGCAUCAGGUCCAAGCUCUUCAGCUGUUUCUUGGCCGAGCAGGUGCUGGAUAUCCGCAAUCACAACUUUGGCACCAUGAGUGACGAACUUAGCUGCAGUCGCCUUGCCUAUGCCACUGGCUGCUCCUGUGAUUAGUGCCACCUUGCCUUCUAGCUUCCUGUGGCAUGGUAUGAGAAUUGUAUUGCAUGAUAAUGGGUUAUGACUGUUUUUUCGUCGGGGUAAGAUAAAACAGGGGAAGGGUAAGCGAUCAAUCGUCUCUUCUCAUGAAAGUGAACUGAUAUAAUUGAGUUACUUGUGUUCUGCUGACACUUACGAGCAUUAAGACAAUAUAGAGUCAAAGAGGCAGCUUGGUUAAACUUUGCAAAAAGGAAUAUUAUUUUUGUACGUUUGAUAGUCCACGAAAGUCUGACUGUUUUUGACUUGCAA